AUGGCUCGCACCGAGGAGGCGGCAGCCUGGUUUUCAGCAGUCUAUCGAGCCGUCCAACAAGUCCCAGUCGGCAAAGUCACCACGUACGGCCAUAUCGCUCUCCUACUGGAUCACCCUGAAAGAGCAAGGCAGGUUGGCGUAUGCUUAAAGCACCUUCCAUCCGCGCCAGACCCGGACGAUCGAUACUCACAGCUGUUUAAUGGAGGCAAUGUCCCAUGGCAGAGGAUAAUUAAUUCCAAAGGCGCAAUCAGUCCGAGGGGACCAGGCGGUGCUCAGAGGCAGGCGGAUGUGCUUACAGAAGAGGGCGUGGAGGUCGAGUAUGAUGGAAUGGAAUACAGGAUAAAAUUGGGCACUUUCGGGUGGUUCCCGAAGGCGUUGCCGAGUGAGGAUGAAGCCGGGAGUGGAGAUCAUUGUUGA